UUUCUUGCUUACUGACGGCUAUUCCAACGGCGGAGAUCCCAGAGAGGCAGCAAAAGCCCUCCGUGAGCAAGGUGUUGAAAUCUUCACUUUUGGCAUUGUAGGUGGAAAUGUCAAAGAACUUUACGAGAUGGCUUCAGAUCCUCCUGAAGAACAUAGCUAUAUCUUGAGCAGUUUUGAGGAAUUCGAGGCGUUGGCGAGAAGAGCCUUGCAUGAAGAUCUGCAAAUUGGAAGCUACUUAGAUCAAGAACCAGAAUCCUGUGACCGACUCUGUCCGGCCAAAACGGACUGCUGCGAUGAGAAAGCGCAGUGUACGUGCGGUACAACCAGUGGCCACUACGCUUGCCUCUGCAGAGAAGGAUAUUAUGGCACCGGUCUCAAGGGUGACUGCCACGCCUGUCCUUCUGGCACUUACCGCUCUACAAUUAGUCCUGGUGACAUAUCGUCGUGCAUUCCAUGUCCGGAUGCCAACCAGGUAUCAUUACCAGGCAGCACAAGUGUGGAUCAAUGUAUUUGCGAAACAGGUUUCCAGAAAGUUGGAAAGAAAUGCGUAGUUGUGGAAUGCCCUCCUCUUGCUCCGCCCGAGAACGGGUAUUUCGUCAAGGGAGAAUGCAGUUCAGUGUUCAACGCAGCAUGUGGUAUCGGCUGUAAGUCCGGAUACAAGCUUCGCGGAGACAGCAUUCGAUUAUGCUCUGAGAAUGGUACUUGGACAGGAGAGGAAGUCGUUUGCGAAAUGAAUCGGUGUCCUGCUCUCAGUCCUCCUCAUCAUGGAUCAAUAUCAUGCACGUCUGAAGAUAAUAUUUUCGAAACUGUCUGUCACUACUCGUGUGAUCGCGGGUAUAAGAUGAAAGGGGGAUCCAAGAAGCGAACUUGCAUGGCUAUUUCGCAGUGGGGAGGAAUGCCAGCCCAGUGUAUACCUGCAAGUUGCUCUGCCUUGAAACCUAUACAGUAUGGGACCAUCACCCCUUCGAGGUGUAUCAAAGGCAUAUCUAUUUUCAAAGAUGAAUGCGAGUACGAAUGUAGACCAGGGUUUCAACUGAUUGGACCGAAGAAGAGGAAGUGUAUCGAUUCCAAUGUCUGGAGCGAUGCCGAAGAGCGUACAGUGUGCGUUGACGUAGAACCACCCCUCAUUAAAUGCCCUGAAAACAUAGUCGUAGAUGCAGACGAAAAUGAAGCAAGUGCCCUUAUAGAAUGGCCUACUCCAUACACGCACGACAACAGCGAGGAACCUGUUAUUUUAACUGUCAUACCUGCCAUUGUAUCGCCCAGAAGAUUCGACAUUGGCGUCGCUUCUGUUUUGUACUCAGCGGAAGAUAAGGCCAGAAAUCGAGCACGCUGUAAUUUUACUGUUACGGUCAGAGAUGUGCAACCACCUACGAUUGAUCGUUGCAUAUCUCCUCCUACCGUUUUGUCUCGUGUCCUUCCAGUCAGUGUGUCUUGGGAAGAACCUUUGUUCUCGGACAAUUCUGGUAAACCAGUGAAUGUGGUGAAAUCUCACAACAGGCCAUCAUCGUUUUACUUAGGAAGCACGGACAUCGUGUACGAAGUCGAAGACCAAGCUGGCAACAAUAACACAUGCAUCAUUACCAUAACGGUUCAAGAACAUGCCUGUGCAUUUCCUGCUGAUCCUUUACAUGGCCAUGCAAACUGUACCGAGGCAGAGAAUGGCGUUUUUUGUACUUUAACUUGUGAUGAAGGCUAUGGUUUUGCUCUGAAAACGCCUCCAUUUUAUUUCUGUGCCUAUGAUGGAAUAUGGCAGCCUUCAGAAUUCUUACCUUUUCCAGAUUGUUCAAUUACAUUUUACUCCAAUACCAUAUACACGAUGGGACUUGUUUCAGUGACUUCCACUGGCUUGAGCUGUGAAAACAAUUUUCUCUUGUCUCAAUUAGAGAAACAUCUUGAAAGAAAAAUAUCCAACAGAGUGAGCCGAAUAUGCAGGAAGAACGUGAUAUGCGAAGUUGUAAAUAUGAAGAAUGCAGAAUGUGAAACCGCGCGAGAGAGAAUCGAAGAAAAUUCGAACAGUAUUUACCGUCGAAAACGUGAACUGUGGGACGAAAUUCGUGGACAUUUUUACCGGUUUAAACGAGGUGUUCCGCACACACAUCUUCUUGCGAAGUCUGGAGCAAUGAAUCGCACGCUCACCUUCGGAAGUCAAGAUUCUCAAAUCAUCGAUCCUUCGAAUCGUGUGGACAAAAGCUUUAGCCAGGAUUUAGGGUCAUCCUUGUAUGGAUUUAGUGCAACUGCACAAGAAAUGGAAAUUCGCGAUUUGCCUCCGCCUAGAACGUCUUCCGAUGUCCCUCCUUCUACUGAUUCGAUGUUAGAAGAAGUACUUCAGAAUAAAAUUGAAUUAGAAUUUCACCUAAAAGCUGAUACUUCGGAAGAGAGGAAAGAGCAGAAUAACCUUAUGAACAGCGUUCAAGAAGCGAUGCUGUUAUUGCAAGAUGCCGCGCACAAUGGCGAACUUGAUGUUUCAUUGGGGAACAACAGGCUGCACGUUGAGUACGUGGUAUUUGAUGAAGACGAACCGAUAUUCGUUUGCGAAACUGGAACAGUUGCCAAAGGCAAUAUCUGUCUGAAAUGUCCGGUGGGAACACAUUUCCAUGUUAUGUCGGAAACAUGCAAAGCUUGUGAUCCAGGCACUUACCAGUUCCAGGAAGGUCAGGAAUCAUGCUUACAUUGCCCAAGUAAAACUUCUACCACAACAGGACAGUCAAAGAGCAUUGGAGAGUGCAAAGCACAAUGUCUGCCAGGCAGUUUCUCAUCUACUCGCUUAGAACCUUGCGAAACCUGCCCGAUUGGCUAUUACCAACCAGAAUAUGCUCAGCUAGGCUGUAUUCCAUGUCCACCUGGGUCUACGACUCAUAGAAGAGGCGUACGCAGCCACACCGAAUGUAGACUCCCUUGUCCACCAGGAGAAGUGUCAAGAAUAGGUUUGCAACCUUGUUUCCCAUGCCCAGAUGGAUUUUACCAGCCACACAAAGGAGAAAAAUCAUGCUUUCGCUGUCCUGGAAGUACUAGAACUGGAAUGCAGGGAGCUAAAAAUGUCAGUGCUUGUGAAGGAGUUAAUUACGAAGUGAUUAAAAAAGCUGCACCUGUCUCGGCAGAGCUAACUAUUAAUGACUGUUUUUCUGUACCUUGUCUAAAUGGUGCAUCUUGUGAAGCAAUGGAUAUAGGAUUUCUGUGUGUCUGUAAACCCGGAUAUACUGGUAUUUACUGUGAGAAAGAAAUUGAUGAAUGUGAAUCAAACCCUUGUCAGAAUGGAGCCACUUGUCAAGACGAUGUGAAUGCCUACAAAUGCUUCUGCGCACCAGGUUAUUCAGGAGUACACUGUGAACUGAAUGUUGAUGAGUGCUUGUACGACCCUUGCUUAAAUGGUGCCAGUUGCAUUGACGGAAUCGCCAGCUUUAAUUGCACCUGCAGGCCAGGAUUUGCUGGUCCACUAUGUCAGUUCAAUGUCGACGAAUGCCAUAGUAACCCUUGCCAGAAUAAUGGAUUUUGCAUUGAUCUGAUAGCAAAUUAUACUUGUGAAUGCAUGCCCGGAUUUGAAGGAAGAAAUUGUGAAAUUAACAUCGAUGACUGUGCAAGUUCUCCUUGCAAAAAUGAAGCUAUUUGCAUCGAUGAUAUUAUGUUUUUUAAAUGCGAAUGUUUGGCUGGAUUUGAAGGCACAUACUGCGAAAUUGAUAUCAAUGAAUGUCAGCUACAGCCAUGUAUGAACGGUGCAACGUGCAUCGACAUGAUUGCUGGAUUUAAAUGUUUAUGCCUUCCUUCGUACGUUGGUGACCUUUGCGAAACAGAGUUAUCUUCGGACUUUCUUUUGCGUUUCCCAUCUUCUGGAAUCUUGGAUUUUGUGCAGUUGGACUACUUACCGAGAGAUCUCACCGAAAUAACUGUAUGCUUUUGGAUGCUUAGCAAUGAUAAUUUGAAUUAUGGGACACCCAUAUCGUACGCCACAGAUCAAGCUGACAACUUGUUCACCAUCACUGAUUACAGUGGUUUUGUAAUAUAUGUGAACAUGGAAAUGGUUGUCACUGACGUUACGGCAAAUGAUGGACUUUGGCAUCAUAUCUGCUUUACAUGGUCAUCGCAACAAGGAACUUGGACUAUGUAUAAAAACGGCAUUCAAGAAGACAGUGGAAAUGGGCUAGCAGCCGGGACCUAUAUUCCAAGGACUGGGACCAUAGUUUUGGGACAAGAACAAGAUAAACGAGGUGCGGGUUUUAGCAGCCCUGAGUCCUUUAUUGGAGAGUUGACCUUACUCAAUAUUUGGGAUUACGUUAUUCCACCUGAGGAAAUAGCAAAUUUGAUCAGUCGCUGCGAUAAAUACAACGGUAAUGUUCGAUCUUGGGCCGAUUUCAUUUCAGGCAUUCGAGGACGCGUAGAAUACCAGGAUUCUCAUUUUUGCUCUGGAUGCGCUGUGCCGGAUCCACCUUUAAAUGCUGAAGUUUAUGUGAGUGGUGUGAAAGCUGAUGCUCGUCUCUCAUAUACAUGUAAUCCUGGGUAUUACAUCAAUGGUCCUACCGAAAGAAGAUGUCUUGUGUCUGGUAACUGGACAGUUGAGGAGCCUCGUUGUGAUCGUGUAUAUUGUGGCUCCCCUGGUAAUAUUGCCAAUGGUUAUUUCAACGAACGACAGUAUUAUUUCCAGGAUAUUGUUCAAUAUGUUUGUAAUCCAGGAUACAGGUUAAUUGGAGAUUCCACUAGAGUAUGCAUGGUCGAUAAGAAAUGGAGUGGUGAUAAUCCAAAAUGUGAAGAGAUUCUUUGUGAACCUCCUAAAACCUUUGAAAACGGGGGAAUCAUUUCACAGCAAAAGAAGUAUCGAUUGGGACAACGGAUCCACUUCUUUUGUGAUGAUGGAUACAGACUUGAUGGUACUAGCACGCUGACUUGCUCAAGUAAAGGCCAGUGGAAUGAGUCCCUUCCAGUCUGCCAGCCACGAUCUUGCGAGUCUCCACCAAGGGUACCACAUGGGCAUGUAAUAGGUCCUCAAAGUAAAUUUGAUGUAGGCAGUGUGGUUCGUUAUCAAUGCGAUGAAGGUUUUGAAAUGGAGGAAACCGGUGAAAUGUAUUGUGAAUUGAAGAAUCGUUGGGCAGGAGACUUGCCACGUUGUGAACGCGUUUCGUGCAGGCCACCUUCAGCAAUUUUACAUGGAACAGUUGAAGGAAAGGACUACCGAUUUGGAGCGAUGAUUACAUACAAAUGUGAUCAAGGUUAUGAGCUAAAAGGAACAAGUUUCUCUGCUUGUCAAGCUAAUAAGACGUGGUCGACAGCACCUCCAGUAUGCAAUCCAAUUAGUUGUGGCAGACUGGAAUCUCCUGAACAAGGAGGCCUGGAGAUAACAGAAAUUACUUAUGGAAGUGUUGUGAAAUACUACUGUCAUACUGGUUAUGAACUACAGGGCGUGAGAUCACGUAAAUGCCGAAGUAAUGGAGAAUGGAGUGGAGAAGCUCCAAUGUGUGUUCCUGUAAGCUGCAGCCAGCCGGAAUCAAUUUCUAAUGGAAGGUACAGUGGCAGUGACUGGACUGUUGGUAAUACAGUAACUUAUAGCUGCAAUCCUGGAUAUGUUCUGAUUGGCGAGGCAGACAGAGUCUGUCUUGAAACUGGCCAGUGGCUCCACGAAGUUCCCAGCUGCGAACCAGUCGAAUGCCCUGUGCCUGAUGAUAUUUCUAAUGGAUACUGGAAAAGUGAUGGUCGGAGAUUUGGACAAAGAGUUUCUUAUUUCUGUGAGGAUGGAUACCAGCUGAUUGGCCAUACUAUAAGAGUUUGUAUGGAAGAUCAGCAGUGGGAGCCUGACCCACCAGAAUGCAGACCGGUGACCUGUGGCCCUCUUGCUCAAACAGAAAAUAUUAUAUUAGAGACAACGUCAUUAGUCUUUAGAGGAGAAGCAAAGUACAGUUGCCGUGAGGGAUUUCGCCUCGAAGGUGCUGAAGUUCGCAGAUGUCUGGCUAAUGGAAGAUGGAGUGGACAAGAACCAACUUGUGAAAUUAUACGUUGUCCUGAUCCCCUUAAAGUUUCGCAUGCCUAUCUCAUUUACUCAGAUAAUAGAUACGGUUCUUCGGUUGAGUAUUACUGUGACGAAGGAUACAAACUCAUCGGUCCUGCUCAAAGAAUUUGCACUGGCCGAGGAGAAUGGGACGGAGUCGAACCACAGUGCGUUCUUGUCCAUUGUCCACUACCUCCAGUUCUUAUUGAUGGUGAUAUUACAGCUCAGGAUACUACUUACCGCAGUGUGGCCCAUUAUGUUUGCCAUAAGGGUUUUGAAUUAAAAGGUACAGCAGAAAGGGUCUGCUUGUCUGAUGAAACGUGGAGCGGAACAGAUCCUGUUUGUGUGGUGAUCAGGUGCCCAACUCACAAGCUUCACCUUGAUAAUGGUCGCAUAAUAGGAAAAUCUAAUGUGAUUGGAUCAACAAUGCAAUACGAGUGCGAUGUGGGCUAUGACUUGGUCGGUGUAGCUACUCGAAGCUGUACUGAGAAUAAAACAUGGACAGGUGUGGAACCUUACUGUAAAAAAGUUGUUUGUCCUGUACCUGUAGCUCCAACUCAUGGUGAAAUAGCUUGGAGGGGGCACAGUUUUGCAGAUACUGUGUCAAUAUCAUGCUUUGAAGGCUAUACUCUUGUUGGUGAUGGAACACGAUCUUGUCUACCUGAUGGAAGUUGGAGCGGAUCUGAACCUCAGUGCAAACCUGUUGAAUGCAGUCCUUUACCAGAACUUAAAAAUGGCCGAACAAUCAUUAAAUCUUUGACUUUCGGUGGAAAAGCAGAAUAUACUUGUGAAUCAGGUUACAAGUUAAGAGGGACACGAAAAAGAACUUGUAAGGCAGAUCGUACAUGGAGUGACAGAGAGCCUGUUUGCCAACUCAUCUUGUGUCCAGACCCACCUACAGUACCUAAUGGAUAUGCGGUGACUCCUAAAGAGAAUUUUACUGUUGGAACGCAGUUGGAAUAUGCAUGCAAUAAAGGGUUUCACCUGGAAUACCAAACACUCCGUACUGUAUGCAGUGCACAAGGAAAAUGGAUAGGCCUUCAACCAGUUUGCCAAAUAAUCCAAUGUCCUAAGCCUCCAUUCAUUAAAUUUGGAUAUAUAGAUGGAAAAAAUUAUUCUUACAAUAGUUCUAUUCAUAUUACUUGCAAUUUAGGUUGGAAAUUGAUAGGUGAGAGCACAUUAGUAUGUAAAGACAACGGCAAAUGGUCUGGACCAUUCCCUACUUGUCAAGGAACUCUAUGCCCACCUCCAAAACAUAUCGAUAAUGGUUUUAUAUCAUCGUCAGAUUUUAGUAAUGGUGCAAUUAUUAUAUAUUCUUGUAGUAAAGGUUACAUACUUGUUGGAACAGCGGAACGCAAGUGUCAAAAUGAUAAUACAUGGAGUAGCAAUCCACCAUUAUGCAAACCUGUUGUUUGUGAAGCACCCAGGAAUAUCACUAAUGGGAAAUAUUUGGGCAAUGUUUAUGAAUUUGGCAAAACUGUCUCGUAUGCGUGUGAAAGAGGAUAUGAAAUGCAUGGAGCAGCUGUUUUAACUUGCACAGAAAAUCGCACUUGGAGUUCCGAUCCACCUGUUUGUGAACAGAUAUCUUGCCCUUUGCCAGAUCCUUUGGUCCAUGGCGAGGUAUUAGUGCAUAGUUUUUCACAAGGAUCGACAGGCAGAGAAGUGCAAGUAUGGCCGGUAAUUGGGCAACGAGGAGAUAUUACAGUCGAUGGCAAAACAAUGCUUGAAGCAUCUCGAUCUAACAUAUUUCACUGGGGCGAUGAAGUAAUAUAUAGAUGCACAAACGGAUAUAAAUUGGUUGGUGAAGCCACUCGUGUUUGUCAGGAAAAUGGUACAUGGUCAAAUAAAGUUCCAGAAUGUAAACCUGUUUCUUGCAGUGCACCAGAAAAUUUAGUUAUGGGGGAUAUGGUUGUUUCUUCAUAUAUUUAUAUGUCUAAAGUAAGUUAUACAUGUGAGGUUGGAUACAAGUUGAAAGGGCCUUCUACAAGACAAUGUCAAGCCAAUGCUACAUGGUCGAAUGAACUACCAACAUGCCAGCCAAUUGUCUGUCCAGUAAUCCAAACAAUACCUCAUGGUUAUGCCAAAUGGAGUUCUUUAAGGUAUGGAGCCUCAGUUACAUACGAAUGUUUGUUAGGGUAUAAAUUAAUUGGUGAACCAGUGAGAGUAUGUGAGCUGUCGGGUAGAUGGAGCGGUGAAGAACCACAUUGUAUAAUAAGAGAAUGCAAUACACCUCCAGCUCCCGAAAAUGGAUGGGUUAAAUCUGAAGGUUUGAUUGUUGGUAGCACAGCAACAUACCACUGUAAUGAUGGGUAUGAGCUAGAAGGAUCGAUGACACGAUCGUGCUUAGUCAAUGAAAGCUGGAGUCUUAGUAUCCCUAGAUGCAAAAUAGUAUCUUGCAUACUUCCACCAGAAAUAGAACAUGGUCACAUUGAAGGAUCCAAUUACACUUUUGGUUCGACUGUGAAAUAUAUCUGUGAUUUUGGAUAUCAGCUUGAAGGUAGUUCAGAACUGCAAUGUUUAGCUGACAAAACAUGGAGUGAGGCCGUUCCUAAAUGUAUGCCAUUGCCAUGUCCACGUCCAGUAUCUCCUGCUCACGGAACUGUUCUUUUCAGAGCCCUUGUAGUAGAUAGUACAGUUCAUUUCAGUUGCAGUGAAGGCUAUGAGAUAGUUGGAUCUCCUAACAGCACUUGUUUACCAGACCAGACCUGGAGUACAGAUCCACCUGUCUGUCAAGUAAUUGUAUGCCCAAGUAUCAAAAAUCCAAAACAUGGUCGAACAAUUGGUUCGAAUUAUACCUAUGGAUCAAAACUGGAAUUCAAAUGCAAUUCCAAGUACAAAAUUGAUGGGCCAGAAUCUGUUGUAUGUUUAUCCAAUAAAAAAUGGUCCAAACCAGCCCCUAAGUGCAGACGAUUUCUCUGUGACACACCUAACAUUAUUCCAAAUUCACAUAUACCAGUUGGGCCUUAUGUAGUGGGGCAAACUAUUGAUUAUUCAUGCGAUGAGGGUUAUAUUUUAGAAGGAAACCAAACUGUGGUAUGUGAUUCAAAUGGCCAAUGGCUUCAACAGAGAACUAAGUGUAAACCUGUUGAUUGUGGUGCUCCGCCAGCUGUCAACAAUUCAGAAAUAGUUACGGAAGGUGGUUGGAAACUCGGUGGAAAAGUUACUUAUUCUUGUGAUUAUGGCUAUCAUCUAAGAGGAGCAGUAAGUGUUACAUGCGGAACAGACGGCAAAUGGAGUGAACCACCGUACUGCGAAGAAAUGAGUUGUGAACCGCCUCCCGAUAUUGAAAACGGGAGGGUGAUAGUGGAGAAAAAACCCGGAUUAAGUGAAGCCACCUACUCUUGUCUGAAGGGUUACAAACUUGUUGGCACCCAGAAACACUCAUGUAUCGGCAAUGGCAGUUGGAAUAUCACUGGCACAUACUGCGACCUUGUGAUAUGCGGAGAGCCGCCUUCAAUACCUUUUGGAGGAAUUGAGGUGUCCCCAAACAGUACAAUCGGAAACCGUGGUACCUACCAUUGUUUCCCCGGCUUUCGAGUAGUUGGAAGUACGACUGUAGAAUGUUCUUGGCAAGGAACUUGGGAAGGCAAACCACCUCACUGUGUUCCUAUCACGUGUCCUGCUCCAGGUGCUCCCGAUCACGGCGAAGUGGACGGAGAAGACUUUUCUUUCCAGAGUGCUGUGCUUUACAGCUGCAAUAAAGGCUACCAAAUUUACGGUAGAGACACCAGAUUCUGCUUGGAAGACGGGACUUGGUCUGGAGAUAUGCCGAUUUGUCGAAAAAUAUCAUGUGGACAAGUUGGACCACCUGCAAAUGGCUACAUUUUAGAAGAUGUUCCUGGUCACUAUGGGGAUCGAAUUCAUUUCGCUUGCCAUAAGGGGUAUGAAAUGGUUGGCAGUAGCACGGCUCGUUGUUUGGACACAGGAAAAUGGGAUAAACCUGCUCCUAAAUGUACAGGUAUUACAUGUGCUCCUCUGAAACAAUUCUCCCCGCAUGUUGUACCAUUAUCAUUAAAAGAAGAUAAAUUCGCCAUUGGAGAUAAGUUAUCAUUUGUCUGUGAACCAGGAUACAGAGCAUUCGGAGAUCUGACAUCUCGGUGCCUAGCAAACAGCUCAUGGUCAGCGCCUACUGGUGGAUGCAAAAGAAUGUCUUGUGGUCGUCCAAGAACUAAUACUGGUGCAAUUUUAUUGGGAAUGUCUUAUCAGUAUAGAGAUAAUUUAGUAGUUGUGUGUCCACCUGGUACUAAAGUCAAAGGGAAGAAAAUUCUUUCUUGCUUAGAUACCGGAGAAUGGGAUGGAAAUGCAACAUGUGAAGGUAUGUGUACCCGCCCUUGCUUAAAUGGAGGUGUCUGCAUACCACCAGGAUUAUGUAGUUGUCCAUCUGGGUUUGUUGGAGAUGUUUGUCAGCAUGCUGUUUGUAUUCUUCCAUGCCUUAAUGGAGGAACUUGUGUUGGACCAUAUAAAUGUUUGUGCACAGAAGGUUUUACGGGUUCCAGGUGUCAGUUGCCAACAAGUAGCAGAAGAAGAUUUCCAUAUGGAUAAUAAAGGGCCAUUGUAUUUAAAAUAAAUAGAUCAUAUAUCAUCAAAUGCAAUAAGAGUCCCCUAUUAAGACAGGGAC